AGUAUUUUCUAUGGAUCGAUGGAGUGGAAUUAUGAAGGUUUCUCUGAAUCCAUAUAGCAGGGCUCGCUACCAAGUUGCAGCAUCUCUCUGCCUCUCAUCUUCUGGCACGCUUGCUGCGCCCUCUCAAAAUGCCAUCUUUUUCAGUGGUGAUCGAGUUGAAGGCACAGGAAAUCCAGUAAUUGAGAAGCUUUCAAAUCUACAGACAAUUGCUGAGACUUUGGUGUCUAAACUUGGUAAUACGACUAAUGCUUGGGUUAUUGAGGCUUCCACAUUUAAAGGACCUUUUGCCAUGUUCAAGGACUUCGUUCCCUCUGUAGACCGUAUGGGAGAACCACAAUCUUAUGAUGCAAGUGGUUUUCCAGCAUCUAAAUCAAUGGUCUUGCUUUUGUCCAAUUGCUUAAAAGAGGUUAAAAUUCUCAUUUCAAAGAGACUGGGAAAACCAUACCAAGAUGGAGUUUGUGCGCCAUGUUUGCAUCAACCUGGAACAAUUCUACUUGGCUUUAGCAAGGGCGGUGUGGUACUUAAUCAGCUAAUUACUGAAUUUGCCUUUUUAGAUUUAAACUCAUUUAGAAGUUUCGGAGAAGUGAAUGCAAUAUUUGAUACUGGAGAACUUGUUCAGAUAGAUAAUCAGAUUGUACCUUCAUCAUAUUAUAUUCUGCUAGACAGCAUAAGUGAAAUCCAUUUUGUUGAUGCCGGGUUAAAUUGUGCUGGAGCAUAUCUUACUGACCCUGAUGUGAUUCAGAGAAUGUCCAAACGUCUCCUACACAGAGCUCAAAGCCUUAAUAUUGUACUUCAUGGAACUCCUAGGCAAUGGUGUGACAGGAUGCGAGUAUGGAUACGGGAGGAAAAAGACACACUGGUUCAGCUACUGAAGUCAGAAGCAGAGAGUGGGGGGAAUUUGUCUAUAAGUGAAAAGCUAUAUUUUGCUGACAUGACACCUAAUCUGCAAAUGCAUUUUGAAAUAAUAGAAAUUUUGCAUCUGAAGAAUGCACAACUAAAUGUCUGCAAUGCACGGGAUGCAUGAGGUAAAUAUUAACAACAUUACACCUCAUAUAAAAUUGUUAGUACUAGUAUUAUAGUUGUGCUGUGGAUAAUUUGUGAACUUUGCAUAUUACAAUUCUCAGAAUGUGCUUGGUCGCCUAAGCUUUAUGGAUAGUUAUAAUAGAUGAUGUUAUUCUAAAUAUUUUAAUACUAAGUCAGUUGUUAUUAUGUUCAUUGAUUGGAGCUAAUGUCUUCUUUAUCAAUGAAAGUCGAAAUAAGAUGAUUGUGAUGAAUCAAACAAGGACAUGAUUUUCUCCAUUGAAAUAAGUAGAAUGAAUUGCUGGAGAACUAUUUGCUGUGCUUUACUCUCUAAAUUGGUACAAUUUCAUAGAAAUAUGCUUCAUUGCAAUAGAGAAAGUAGGAAGAGGUUAUUAGUGAUUAAAGUGUACCAUUUACCUUUUUAAUUAAUUGAGGUAAGGAUUUGUAUUUGCGUAGUCACUAUUUAGUAAUGGUGCUUAUCCCGGAUUCCCUUAUUAUUUAUUUGUUUUGUUGUAUAUUCUUUUCAGCUGCGUUAGUGUAGAAUUGGGUUCGAUAUAGGUUGUCUCCAUAGGCUUCGAUGCUAACUUGUUCUUUUACUACAUUAUAAGCAUAAUAAUAAUUUUAGAAUUAUUAUAUGAUCAAAAGAUGUCACUUGUUAUCUGCAGGCUACCGAGUGCCUGUAGUUGCAAUUUAUGUUUGCGAUCUCACCAGAUAGUAGCUAUCUUGAAUUUUACAUUAAACUGUGUCAUCUCAGCCUAAAAGUAUGAUGAAUAAUGUCAACAAUCAAUUGUAGAGAUACUGGCCUGAAUAAAAUGGUGCAAGCUCGACCAUUAAAAAGGAAGAUGACGGAAAUUUAAGAGAUGCAGGAAAACCAAGUCGUAGCAUUAAAUAGCAUUUUUUUGGCUAAUAGCAUGAAGUUGAACAAAAGUAAUAUUAAAUUUAUAUUACUUUGUGGAUAUUGAUUUAAAAUUUGUGGCCUUUUUCUUGAAUUUAUAUUAUUUUGAACUAAAAUGCAGUCCCAUAAGUAUAUAGAGAAAUUAACUGUCAUUCUUCUCGGCUUUUCAUAUAUAUAUAUAUAUGCUAUACAAAUUAGAUGAAGAUUAGAUGAAGUUGACAGGAAUAACUGAAUAUGGAAGUGUGUCAUCAUAGGAAUUAGGUUUCACUGUAACUAUGUAAGGAGUAACUGUAUAUUGGAUUUUUUUCUGAAGCCUCUAUCUUACUAUUGAUUUUUCGUCCGCCCAAUGAAACAUGUUCUCUAUUAUUCUUUGGAACGGUAAUGCUUAAUAAUUGCAGCACCGUUUUAUAUUGAGGAUCCAUUGUGAUGUUUAAUCAAGCACAAAGAAACUUAAGAAGAAACAUAUAAUAUCGUAAGUGACAUUAUUGCUUUUUGACCCUAAUAGACAAAAUCAUGAAAUUGAGUGAGAAACAACUACAUGGGUACCCAAAUGAUAGACUCCAUUAAACAAUAUUGUUAUAUUCGGUAUCUUGAACCUUAGUAAUUCCAAUUGUUUUUAUUUGAAUGUUGUUUCUAUUUCAUCCAAACCUGGUGUAUACAUGUGUGUUAAAUUUUAACUAGUUUGAUUACGAUUGUUUCGUAUUUAUAGAUCCUGAUGUGUAUAAAUAGUUCAUAAGACUAAGAGGACAAGAAUUAUUAAAAAGCAGCAGACUGUAUUUAAAUGUAUAUUCUAAUGAAUACUUGAAGUCGGUUAUGUUUUAUGUAGAUGAUUACUGAUUUAGUGUUCAGUUUCAGUCUUUAAUUGUCUGCUGCUGUUGUUGAUUGUUUUAAGAUGUCAUUUGGUUAUGUCCUUAUAAUGUGGUUGGAUAUUGAUAUUCUUAAGUGUUAACAUAUAAUGUCCUUAACUGCGUUCAUAACUUUCAACCGCAGGCACUGUACGCUGGUAUGUACUCUCUUCAUCUAUGCGUGGAAACCCUGCUUUCUUUCUUCA